CCUGGGGCCACAGUGUUUUCAACGGGACUCAGCUUACCCUCUCACCGGACCCGCUAUGGCCGCUUGACCCGGGCAGAAACACAGCUUCUCCUGCUUCUCUUUAGCUCCAAACUCUUGCAGAAACUUUUUCCAAAACAAACUUUUAAACUUCUUUAAAGUUUUUAUGUCAAGAAAUAAGGAUGCAACCCCCACCGAGAAAGGUCCGGGUCACCCAGGAGCUGAAACACACUCAUGCAGAGCAGAUGAGCAGAUUACAAAUCAAACACCAGACAGAGUGUGACCUCCUGGAGGACCUGAGGACCUUCAGCCAAAAGAGGGCGGCUGUAGAGAGAGACUACGCCCAGGCCCUCCAGAAGUUGGCAAAUCAGUAUCUGAAGAGGGAAUGGCCGGAGAGUCUUACUGAAGAACAAGCCGACCACAGGAACAUGUAUUGUGUGUGGAGGUCCUAUUUGGAGGGCACGGUUCAGGUCACACAGUCCAGAAUCAGCGCCUGUGACAACUACAAAGUCCAGGUCGCCGACCCGGCCAAGACGGGCAGACUGCAGAAGGAGCAGCAGCUGAGGAAGUGUAUCGAACAGCUGACGGUGGUUCAAGCUGAGCUGCAGGAGUCGGUGAAGGAGCUGACGAAGAGCAGGAAGAAGUACCAGGAGGCUGAGACGAUGGCUCAGGCUGUCAGAGAGAAGGCCGAGCUGGACGCCAAGUCCAAGCUAAGUCUCUUCCAGUCCAGAUCCAGUCUUCAGAGGGCGAGUGUAAAGCUGAAAGCCAAGAGGAGCGAGUGCAACUCCAAAGCCACGCACGCCAGAAACGACUACCUUCUCAUGCUAGCAGCCGCUAGCGCUCACCAGCAGCGCUACUACGACACAGACCUCAUGGACUGCAUCAAGGUCUUGGAUGGAAGAAUCUACGAGCAGGUGAAAGAUUAUCUGGUCUCGCUGUGUCAGACUGAGCUGGAAAGUUACCAGGCGGUCCACGACACCUUCAGCCAGCUCCUAAACAGCUCCAACGGGGUUCUGCAGGAGUUUCACCAGCAGCUGUUUGUGCAGAAGAACCUCAUGUUUCAACAAGCCCCCGACUUCUCUUUCCAGCCGAUCGACUCCGAUACGGUGAUGGAGCUGCAGAAGGAGAGUGGAACGUCGGAGGAGCACAGUCUGGAUAAAGAGGCCAGGAAAUGGGCGAGCCGCGUGGCCCGAGAGUACAAGAGCGUCAUCCACACUCAGCGGGCUCUGGAGGGAUACGGGACGCAGGAAUCAUUGGAGCAGAACAACAGCGAGCUGGAGACCAAGAUGGAGGUCGCCAGGCAGAGUCUACGGAGGGCAGAGACAGUCAAAGUGAAAGCAGAGGCCCGUCUGGACUUGCUGAGGCAGGCGGGUGUUGCUGUUGAAACGUGGCUGAAGAGCGCGAUGAACCAGGUGAUGGAGGAGCUGGAGAACGAACGCUGGAACAACCUCAAUACCCAUGAUCCUUCGCUCUCUGGGACGGCAGAUUUGGAGCGAGAGGACGAGGAGGAGAUGGAGGACAGUGGGGAAGUGUUGGACGACAGCAGCUCCAGUCCAUCCAGUACUUUGAAAAACUAUCCCCUCACCUGCAAAGUGCUCUACUCCUACAAGUCGUCUCAGCCGGAUGAACUGACCAUCGAGGAGCAGGAAAUCUUAGAGGUCAUAGAUGAUGGAGACAUGGAGGACUGGGUCAAGGCCAGGAACCGCAGCGGGCAGGUCGGCUACGUCCCUGAGAAAUACCUUCAGCUUCCUUCCUCCAACAGCCUCCUCAGCAUGCUGCAGGCUCUGGCCGCGCUGGACGCCCGAUCCCACUCCUCCAGCAACUCCACCGAACCGGAAACCGAGCUACCAACCGGCUCCGUCAACGGAGACUCCAGUGUGUCGUUUGCGAAGGCGCUGUACGACUACGCGGCACAAACGGACGACGAGCUCUCGUUUCCAGAAGGCGCCAUCAUCCGCAUCCUGAGCCGAGAGACCCACGAGGACGACGGCUUCUGGGAGGGGGAGUUCAACGGCAUCGUCGGCGUUUUCCCCGCCGUUCUGGUGGAGGAUCUCACCGCCGCCAGCGAGAACGGAGACGGACAAAGAGAAGGCAGUUCACAGGCGUCCCCGUCCCCUCUGGCUCAGAGCGACCGAUCCCCUCGCAGUCCCUUCCAGCCGGGUCCUCUCCACAGCAGCCCCCUCCAGACGCCCACCGUGUCCUCUCCUCUGUCCAGUCCCUGCAGCGCCACGGCGUCCCCCAUCGGCAGACCGCCCUCCUAUCACAACGGACAUCACAGGCCGCCGCCAGCGCCACACAAAAGCCCCUUUCAGAGUCCAGUUCAAGGCUCCCCUCAACCCCCCAAAUACCCAGAGAGCAGCUCCGGCACCAUUCGACCGGUCCGUGCUGCUCCUCCGCCUCCUAAGCAGCAUCCUCGUGGUCAGGUGAAGCGGAGGGAGGAGGUGGAGAUCACGCUGGUGUGACGGCGGUCCGUCGGUCGGUUCUGUUCAAACCAGCCGGGACUUCUCGUAUCCGUUGUCUCUAAACUCACAAAGGAAACCCGAGGAAACUUCAACACCCUGAAGACGAGUGGAGGCCCGAUCACUCUCAACACCUCAUGAGGGUCAGUGUGCUGCGGAGGGAUAUUGUGCCUUUCUCUUAACUUUACUCCAUAUUGUCCGACUCUUCUACCUGGACGGGAAUCAUUUUACCCACCGGACUAAAAUGUAUUGAUACCUGACAGAAUAUCCUCAGAUAUCAGUCCUGGUGUUAGUGUUCAAAUCCUGUUUCUGUGCUCAUAGUAGCUGAUAUAGUGAUAACUGGCAGAUAAUACGAAGUUUCUGUGUCGAGGCCUAAAAACACGGUAAACAGAAAAACUAUUAAAAGGCAACUUAGAAAAACUCAGAAAGUGGUUUAAAAGCACUGUUCUGAAGGUAUCUUUACAGGUAUUUCUACCUUUGAAAAGAGCCAGGCUAGCUGUUUCCCCCUGUUUUCAGUGUUUGUGCUAAGCUAACUGGUUUUAGCUUCAUAUUUACCGUACUCACACAUGAGUGAUAUCAAUCUUCUCCUUAAAAGAAAAAAGAACAAGCGUAGCUCCCAAAAUGUCGUUUACGGAACCCACCACUACAGUUCCAUUGAUUGGACGUAGUGAUCAGUACCUCGUAAUCAUGAGAUACAAAGUCAUUAUUAAAAGAAAACAUAUGAUUUAAACCAUAUCAGCCAGUUUUCUCUCACUAUAUCACUUACUGUGUUUCUCCUCUCUUGUUUUCACGAGCUGUUGAGAGUUUUCACGAUUAGUUUCCUUCUAUGCAACAACUUCAAACUUCGUCAGGACGUCUCGGCAUGUUGUGAACACGAAGCUUCGACACAAAACCAAAAGUCUGGUUGUCUCCACACACGAUCAAAAAAACAACAAAAAAACACACACCGCCAGCAGGGACGAGGCUGGUCCUCUCCUCAAAACACACGUGACCGUUCACGGUUACACAAACAAGGGAAAAGUGGCAAUUUUAGUUGAGUGAUUGUUUUGUCAGUAGGGAGAAUCUCCUAGAAAAGUUCUGAUCAAAAUAAUGGAUCCUUUAUCGUUUUAUUGAUUCCAUUAUAAAAAAAACUGCUUCUUGUGUUCGUUUUCUUUGCACCGAAAGCGAAAGAAAACCCUAAAGGGAGAAACGUAGUGCGAACGUACAUAGUCUAACUUUUUGUUUCUCUUUUGUUGUAAAAUAAAGAUCUAGAAAUGUUAUUAUGACACUAAUGUUAAACAAUGGAAGCACAUUU